AGAGAUAGAGAGAAAGUGUAUGUGUGUGUGUUCGGAAUUUCUGUCGAAUAUUUACUUAUAAACAUGUUCGUGCCACGUAUAUAUCUCAUAACGCCGCCAGCCUAGUAAGACUAUUAUCUUUCACCGAAAUGUAUAAUAUUAUCCUCGACGAGGAAUGUCGCACGCGUAUUCUCGACAGUGAAUUUAUGCAUAAGUACGAAAGUGUGCAAAUUGAAGAUCGGUUUUAAUCUGCUGAGAUAGAAGACUGGACGCACGUGCUGCUUUUACUUUACUGAUUUUAAACGGACGACAUUCGAGACAUUGACGAAAAAGGCAAAGUGAAAAAGAACCCGUGAAAAAUUCGCCACGUGGAAAUUAUUUUAACUGCGACAUUAGAAAGGCUAAGAAGUGUUGUCUGUCAAGUAUAUCACACACACACACACACACACACACAUACCACGCCCUUUCUGAUUAUCGUAUUAACGUGAAGAUAGAGUUAAUUAGCGACUUCGGACGACUUUAAGAUAGAGAAUAAGACAAAAAGGGUGACGUAAACUAAAUCUAACGAGAAGAAACGUAUCAAUAUGGCGUUCGCAUUGACGUUGCCACUAGUCGGUCUAGAGCCGAGAAAUUUUAGUGCAUUAAGUACUAGGCUUCGAUGUGAAACAAUAUAUGAAUCACCGUGUGUUUCUGAACAAAAUUCUCCAAACACCAUCGACUCCAAUGAAGCCGGAACAAGUGGUUACGCAGCAUAUGGAUCUAGGAGUGACCAGAGGGCAUCGCAAUUGAGCUACUCCGCCGAGAUCGAACGACAACGAAAAGAAAGGGAAAGUAAAGAUCUGCGAGUCAUGCACCAAGGCCGUAACAUAUUAAAUUUGGCAGCAAACAUCCGUAAUCCAGUAUGGAACACGGAUGAAAAGCUACGUGAUUUAAAGUCAAAUCGCUCGAUUGCCCAACGGUUGAACGAGCAACAGCGUACCGAAGACCAAACAUCGUCAACCUGUCCGAGCUGCAAAUUUCGUCAACCCAAGCCCUUCCUAUAUUGAUACGAAAUUAUCAAUGGUACGAUGCAGUUGAUGCAGAUGUCUGUUGUCUUACUCUGAUCGUUCAAACUUUCAUAUAAAAUGAUCAACUAGGAGUUUAUGACGAUAGUAUGAAAGUAUUUACUAGAUAAUUUUUGCAGUUGACUUAAUACAAAUACUGUCUAUCUUACUUCCAAAUUCCUAAUUCGGACUGAUUAUCGUUUGGACCAUCUUAAGAGUAAACGACAACCUCGACAAAAAUAAAUAAAAAUGGAUAGAUACAAUAGAAAUCGAGAUGUGUAGUUGAAUGCACAAAACAUAUUUCCCAACACUCCCGUGAUUACAGCAGAUCCCGCUCGAUCAUAGUUAUAAUAUAAAUCUCGUAAUAAAAAAAAGCACGAAAAAUUGUACAAACUAAUAUUACAUUCUAAUAUUACAUACUAAUGUUACAUAACAAAUGCGGGACCUAUAAUUAAGACCAAAUGCUGCUUAUCUCAUUGAAAUGGCGAUCAGUGUCAAUCGGGAAUUAGAAAAAAAAGCAUUACUAACGAUUUGAAUUCUUUCAUUAGUUAAAUAUAUAAGAAUUUCAAAUUGUAAUACUUUUCUUUUCUAAUUCCCGGUUGACACUGAUCCCCAUUUCAAUAAGCCCUAAGCAGCAGUUGGCCCCAAUUAUAGGUUCCGCAUUUAUUAGUAUAUAAUUUGCAUAAUUAGUUUGCAUAACAUAAUUUUUCGUGCUUUUUUUUACUACAAUGAAUAAUAAUAAUAUCAGGUUAAUAUACAAGAAUUACGAGUCGAAAAAGUGUACGCUGCACAAAAACCUUGUUAAAUAUAUAUGUGUAUAUAUUUUUUUAACAAUAAUUUACUGAAGAUACCAUAUACUUGUGUCAAGACUACCACAUGUUAUUAUCGACAUUGUCGAUUAUCGAUUUCAAUUAAUUUUUCGCGACUAGAAUAAAUAAUGCCGAUUCACUCAGUUAUCGUUGUCAAUGACAUACACACAAAUAUAUCGUGUUUCGUGCAAAUAUAUCAGUCGAACGACCGGCCGCUCUUCGAACGACCGCGAGUUAAUUCUUACAUUUUCGCAGUGAAUGUAACCACUGCUCUCAGAAUGACAUAACAUUUUUCUAUGGUAUCUUUUUAUGUAAAACACUCUGCAUUGACGAUUGUUUUUAAAUUUAUA